GUGGGCGAGGCUCAGAAACAGCUGCGAGUCUCUCUUCAGGUUUUUCUGAUUUAACGACAAUUUGGGAUUUAAAAAGUCUUAAAGUACAGGAAAAAUAAGAAGAGGAUUAAACGCGUUCUGCCAGGGAGAGGAAAGGUGUUUAUUCUCCACUUCCGGUGCAGGAAAACAGACGGCUCCUGCUGCUGCUGCUGGAGGAUGUGAGAGAAGCUCAACUGAAAACACGGAAACACUGAAGGAAAGCAGACGGUGUUUGUGCCGGACGUCUGAAGAUCCACAGAAGACACUCGGCUGCAGACAAACAUGUCUCUGUUCUUCUCUGGAGCUGUGACAAGUUCACCGACUAAACGAAGGCUACGGGGUCACUCCUGUCAGAGCCUGGACGUGUCCCUGCUCUCUCCCGACUCCUCGUACGUUUGUUACUCGUCUCUGGACGGCGACCCGAGCUCCUGCCGCCGCUCGCCUCGCCUCCUCACCAACGGAUACUACAGCGUGACGGAGGACAGCUUCUCCUGGGACGAGAAGGGGAACGUCUCUCUGACCCCCUGCAAGACCAGCGUCUCCUACAAGGAGAACCUCGUCAGGGUUUUCCGGCGGCGGCGGCGUCCUCGAGGCUCUCUGGCUCGCCUGCUGAGCGACGUGACGGAGAGCUGUCAGUCGUGGCUGGACGAGAAGGUCUUCAGAGGCGUCUUCGGUACCGCACAGAACCAGAACCAGAACCAGGAACAAGACCUGGACCUGGAUAUGGACCUGGAUCUAGAUCUGGAUCUGGACCAGGCCCGGAGCAGCCGGGACGAGAAGACCUGGUUGAACAGCACCGAGCUGGAGGACAGCCGCAGCUUCACCUACGACCACACUGAGAUCCCGCCCCCUCCUGAAAAAGUGGCCCCGCCCCCUAAGAUUCUCAUCCAGGAGGAGAUUUGCUCUGAGAUCUGUCAAUCAAAGUUUACUCAAUCACAUGGCGGCCUCUCUGAAGUCCCGCCUCCUUCACCCUUCUACACCAAUAGCUGCUGUCCGGCCUCACCUGAGCACACAGGUUUAACGAUGAAGGCCCUCCUCCUUUUCAUCUUCACCCUCUUCCUCUUCACCGCUCUAUACUCGGGGGGUCUUUUGUGGAGCGCCACCGUCACGUCUACUGUGUUCGUGAUGAUCACAUCAUUUAUGCUUUUGACAAAAUCGGGUCCGCUGGGCGAGUGGAGGAGGGCGAAGACGGAGGACAUCACAUCAAGAAACGAGUAAAGCAGCGUCCGUUCCUCUGCGAUGUGAAACUGGAAGAAAGGUGUAGAAAUAUAUUUAACAUUUCACCGUCUGCAUGUUCGCUUAACGUGAGCUCCGGAAAACAUUUCACAGCAAACACGCUGAAGCUCUGACUGAUAAUGAAAACGUUUUGAAAGUAGAAACUUGAAAGAAGUGUCAAGAAAAAGGGUUAAACUUAAAAUAAAUCGAACGCUUUUUAUACAUUCAACCAUUGAAUCAAAUGCAAAACGUGCGGGACGUUUGUUACGAUUUUUCCUGAUGGCUUUUUUAAAGUUUCCUGCGAUUUAAAAAAAAGAAAUUGAACAGGAAAUGAGUUUAAAAGCCGUGUUUGUUGCUAUAAAUCUGAAGGAGCUCAUUUACAAGGUGACACAUAAAUAUAUAUUGAAUAUAAAAAAACAUACCUGAUGUAUUUUUGAAAUACUGUAAGUGUAUCUAUCAUUGAUGACGAUGUGAACUUGGCUUUUUUGAGAUGUCCAAAGUGAACAAAUUCAGCUGACGCCUCACUUCUUUUCAAAAUAUUUUUUAUUAAAGAAAAACUAAAAACGCACAUCUGAAAAUCUACCUGGAAGAAAAAGUGCUUUUUGAAAGAGUUUUAUUCCAAAAUCAAGAGAUACACAUUCAAAGCUAAAUAUAUUGAAAAAAAGAAAAUUCAUGUUAGUCCUUUUACAUCAAAGCUCAGAUUCCAUUUUGAAUUUCUGAUUUCCUAGAAAGAUUUCUGAAAAAGUGGUUUUCUGCAAUAUCUUUGAGUUAUUCAGUUCCUCCUGAGUGC